ACCAAUAAGAAGAAGAUUUUUUUGGGAAGAUGAAAAAUUUUUAAUUUCCGUGUGAAAAAAGUCCCCGAAAUCGUGUGGAAAGGUGCAAAGAGCCCCCAAAAACCCAUUCUAGUCCAAAAGAACAACGAUCCAGUGCUAAAGUGCCGCAAGAUUUGUGGGGAAAAUGUGUGUGAAGCGCUAAAUUUUAUCGAUUUAACUUCCUCUCUGUGUUUUGGUGCGAAGAAAACUUUUUUUCCCAUUGUGUGCGCUCUCCUUGUCUCCUACUCUCUUGCGCGCCCUUCAGCUUCCUCAGCGAAAUCUCCUCAUAGAGCAUCCCAACCGUUUCCGUAGACGGAAGGGGCAAUGGAUCAUGAUAGACCACAGAGCAGCCUCAACCAGACAGGAGCUGAGACGGUGUACGGAACGCACGAAGACAACACAAUGGUGAUGUCAGAAAAGGUUCAAUCCCUCGCGGGGAGUAUUUACCAGGAAUUCGAGCGUAUGAUCCAGCGCUACGAUGAGGAUGUCGUGAAGACCCUCAUGCCGCUCCUGGUGAACGUCCUUGAGUGCCUCGAUGCGGCCUACCAGUCGAAUCAGGAGCAAGACGUGGAGCUGGAACUCCUCCGUGAGGACAAUGAGCAACUCGUGACGCAGUAUGAGCGUGAGAAGAGUGCCCGGAAGCAGGCUGAGCAGAAACUCCUCGAGACGGAAGAUCUCGCCGAGGCGGAGAACAAGGAGCUGGCGUCGCGCCUCGAAUCCCUCGAGAGUAUCGUGCGGAUGCUGGAGCUGAAGCACAAGAACAGCCUGGAGCAUGCAUCGCGUCUCGAGGAGCGGGAAUCCGAGCUAAAGCGCGAAUACAGUAAACUCCAUGAGCGCUAUACGGAACUCUUCAAGACCCAUGUGGACUACAUGGAGCGCACGAAGUUGCUCAUGGGGUCCACCCACUCACAAAUGAGCUCCACAUCGGAUCGACUUGAAAUGAAUCGUACCCGGCUACAUCCAAUGAGCAGAUCUUCUGGUCCCGUCUCCUACGGGUUUGCAUCACUGGAGAAUUCAACAAUGCUCGAUACGGAGACAAUUUGUAGUCCAAAUGGAAGUUCUGGCUCCGAUUCGGGGCCGUUGUCCUUCCAAAAUGAACUUGAUAACAUUCAGACGCUCGAGAAGGCAGCAGAGACGGAUUCACUGCAACAGAUGAAUCAAGCAACGUCUCCGCAGAGUGAUCAGAGCCCCGUUGCCCCGGCACCGUCCACCUCAAUGGGACGUUCAAUGACAAAGAAGGAGCAACGUUCGGGUAACACUUUAUACCAGGAGCUCUCCUUCCAGGACAAUGAGGAGAGUGAAGAGAAUGAAGUUACAGGAAGUUGGGUACAUCCUGGCGACUAUGCAUCUUCCGUUAAUGAUAACUUUUUCGGAAUGGGCAAAGAAGUGGAGAACCUCAUUUUGGAGAACAAUGAACUCCUUGCCACGAAGAAUGCUCUGAAUAUUGUGAAGGAUGAUUUAAUUGUGAAAGUUGAUGAAUUAACGGGUGAGAAUGAGAUUAUGCGUGAGGAUUUGCGAUCGGCGUUCAUUGCGCGGCAAAAGUUGUCACAGCGCAUCUCAGAGCUGGAGGAAGAGCUGAAGAAGGUGCGUGAGCAGAUGAAGCAGCAAAGUUCGUCGGAGCAGGAGGAUGAGGGGGAGAUUAGUAUGGCGCAAAGGAAGCGUUUUACACGCGUUGAAAUGGCGCGUGUGCUGAUGGAGAGGAAUCAGUACAAGGAGCGAUUUAUGGAGCUGCAGGAGGCAGUCCGUUGGACGGAGAUGAUUCGUGCUAGUCGCACCGUGGAGUCGCUGGAUAAGAAGUCAAAGCAUAAGUUUUGGAAAUUUUUUAGUAACCUCUUCAGCUCAUCGGAGCGUCCGCAGCCAGAUCAGGGUGCUGGUUUGCAUUUGCGCUACAACGCAGCUGAUCAUCAUGUAGCGCCGGCUGUGACGAAUGAUGGGCGCCUGGCGUUGCCGGCAAGUGGGGCAGGGCAUGGGAAUUCCCGGGCAUUGGCCCUCUCAACGGAUGUUCCGACAAAUGAGAGGGCACAGAUGAGGAAGAAUGAGCAGUACCGGCAGGUGAGGGCGCACGUGCAGAAGGAAGAUGGGCGAUUGCAUGCCUACGGGUGGAGUUUGCCCGGGUCCAAAGCAAGCCCCGGGAAGUCCAUGAAGCAACCAUCAGUGGGGAAUUCCGGAGGAGGGAAUUUCAAAGUUCCCGUUCCGAUCUAUUGUCAACCAAUUGCCGAAGCAAAUCCCCACAUGAAGGUCUUCUGUGCGAGUGGGGUUAACCUCCAGGGGGGCUUCAAUCGUGACGGGGGCUGCCUUAUUGGGGCAAGUAUCUUCUAUUCGCAAAAGAGUACAGCAAAGAUCACGGAGAUCCCGGCAACGAGUGGCAAUGGCGCGGGGAUUGGGAGUGAUUUAGAUUCCCUCGAUAAGCAAAUAACGCUGGCAAUGGAGACGAGUGAUCCCAAUUUAGCUCUCAGUUCGUACGUUUGGAUCUGCACGAGUACCCACACGGCGAGUACAGUGACAGUCCUCGAUGCGAAUGAUGCGAGUGUCGUGCUGGAUUCCUUCCCGGUGUGUCAGACGCAUUUGCUGUGUAUUUGCACGGUGAUGGGGGCGCUGGAGAAGGAUUACGCCAUGUUGGAGAAUAGUGAAGUUACCAAGGCUGGUGAGACGCUGGAGAAACCCGGUGAGGGUCCCGAUGAUUUGGGACGUGUUGAAUUUAUUCGUGUUCCCGAUGUGGAUCAAGAGAAGCAAAGUACAACAGCUGCUGCCAGGGAUGCGUGUGCUGCGGCUGAAGUUGCCCAGGAGGCGGAGGAUGAAGCAGCCCCGAAGCUGGAUGGAUGCAAUGCAGUUGUGGAGAAGAUUGACGUGCCACCCAUUUCGCCGCUUCAUUUUGAGAAGUGCGGCAACAAAGUGAGCGUUGUGCCGAACAAUUUGGACGAUCUCACCUUCCCGAAGCCCGUUAAUCCCAUCCUGGGGUCACCGAAUCCCCUCGAGGAGCCCCCAAUGUCUUCCGUGGGACCCACAAUGUGGCUCGGGGCACAAAAUGGGAUGCUCUAUGUGCACAGUUCCGUUGCCCGGUGGCGUGAUUGCCUCCACAAGAUCUGCCUACCCGAUGCAGUUCUUGCCAUUGUGCACGUAGAAUGUCGCGUUGUUGCCGCCCUGGCCAAUGGGAAGAUUGCCGUCUUUAGGCGUGCUCUCGAUGGCCAAUGGGAUCUUCGUUCCUACCAUUUGGUAACCCUUGGGUGCCCUAAACAAUCCGUACGAUGUCUCGCGGUGAUUGGUGAUAAAAUUUGGGCAGCACACAGGAAUAAGAUCUACAUUGUUGACCCAAUUACCCUCAAUAUUGUCCACAUCCUCGAAGCCCAUCCACGCAAGGAGAGUCAAGUGCGGCAAAUGGCAGCCACAGGGCUUGGAGUUUGGGUGUCAAUACGCCUGGAUUCAACACUCAGGCUGUACCAUGCUCACACGUAUGAGCAUCUCGAUGAUGUAGACAUUGAGCCGUACGUGUCAAAAAUGCUGGGAACUGGAAAGCUCGGCUUCUCCUUUGUGCGCAUCACAGCCCUUCAUGUUUCUUGCAAUCGCUUGUGGAUUGGAACGGGCAAUGGUGUGAUAAUUUCAGUGCCAUUGACAGAAACAAAUGGUUCUGUUGGAGCACAAAAGGCAAAUGCAACUACAGCCGCAGCGGCGCUUAGUGGCAAUGCUGGGAGUAGCAGUGGUGGAGGGAGUUCAAUAAGCAAAACAAAUAACUUCAUUCCGCGAUGCUUCAUGGCGAAUGCUCAGCUUUCAUUUCACGGACACAGGGAUUCGGUGAAGUUUUUCGUAUCAGUGCCAAUGCCGACACCGGCUGAAAAUCCAAUUCACUUUGAUAAAUCACCCGAUAUGCUCGUCCUAUCUGGCGGAGAGGGUUACAUUGAUUUCCGUCUUGGUGAUGGCGACAUGGAGAACAGCAUCAUAUUGGAACCGAAUCAAACUAUUGAGAAUCGCGGUGACAAGAGUUACCUAAUUGUGUGGCACGUUACGCAAAAAUAGAAAGUUUCUCUUUUUUUUUUAAUUUAAAUUAAUUAAUUAGCAACAAAAGUAGUUUUUAGUAGUUUAUUUAAAAGUAAAUGAAAAAAAGAAGAGUUUUAACCUCGUGUGGCGUGGAAGAAAGUGAAAAAAAUGAUGUUGUAAAAUCAUGCGAAGAAGUAAGUAAGAAAAAAUCAUCCUUAAAAAAUAUUUUAAAACUAUUUGUAAAGUGUUCAGUAUAAAAGCUUUACCAGGUAGUUUUCAUUUCUCAGCGACAGAGUUUGUCGAAUGUGUUUGCAGAAAAAAAAAGAUUUGGAAUAUAACUGAUUAAAUGAAAAGAAAAAAAAAUACUUUAAAGAUGUGAGAAAAAAAUGAUACAAAUAACUAAUUAAAAUUAAUAACUUAAUGAUGAAAGUAAGUCGAAUAAAAUAUAAAGAUAAUAUUUGCUCAUUGCAUGCUAUUGAUAGAAAAAAUAAAAAUAAAAUGUGUUUGUAUAUUUCUGAAGGAAAAUUUGUAAAGCUAGUGGCUAAAAAGUUCUAUAUAUAUUUGUGCAAUUCCACCCACACACAGUUCUAAUUAUUUUUUUUAGAGAGAGAAAAUUUUGGAGGAAAAAUAUUAUUGGAAUUUUUACCUUUUCUUCCUUUAUUUUGGGUUCCAUUCUAGCACAGAUUUUAAAUGUGAAUUGAUAAGAAAAUUUUAUAGGAAUAAAAAAAAACAUUGAACAUCGAAAGACAAGUAUUAGAAAUAUUGAAAAAACAAACAAAUUGCACCAUAAUUUAUAAGAUAAAAUAUUUCUUUCUAUUCCAAUUUAUUAUUUCUUUUUAUAUUUCCUAAUAACUGUUUAUAUUUGUUUCUAUUUUUUAUUCUUUACCUGUGAUAGUUUCUACUUGAUUUAAGAGCACCAAAAAUUUAUUCAGGAUACCACAAAAUAUUUCUUUAUUUUGUUAAAAAAAUUAUUUAUAUAAAAAAGUUUUUUGUAAAUACACCAGAAGAUAGAAAAAAGAGAAAUAUUCUUGCGCUCGAAUGGAUCCCCCAGAAUUUUCACACGCUUAUCAAAAUAUUAAUCUAAAUACGUACUACUUACUAAAUAGCCAAGGCUACGGACACGUGAAGAAGUCUAACAUGCAAUAAGCAAAAUAUUCUUUUUUUUUUGUAAGUUUGUUCCAAAUGUUUAUUAAAGACAAAUUAGUGUGAGGAAACCAAUUUAAAGAAAAAAGAAAAAAAACAUCAAGCUUGAAAAGUUGUGUAAUUUUUUACUUUUUAAAUAUUUAAUCCCAAAAAAAAGUACAGUGAUAGAAAAAAGUUUAUGUUUAUUAUUUUAUUUUUAGCUGUAAAAUGUAAAUAUUUUCCCAAAUAAAUUAAUUUCGUUUUCA